ACAUUAUUAUUAUAACUAUUAUUAUUAUUUUUAUUAUUAUCAUUAUUUCUAUUAUUAUUAUUAUUAUUAUGUCGCCUCCCACCAAACCGCUCGCUCAUCAUCGCAACUGAAGACGACGACGGCGUUUUACGUUUUUCGCGAUUUACGAAAUCCUUACUAUCAACGUUUUCGGACGCACAGAAUCCGGCCGCCGCCACUGCCGUAUUAUUAUUAUUAAUAUCGUCUUCUUCGCGGUCGAACAACACGUCCGGCACGGCCAUUGUGGCUGUCGAGUACUCACCGUUCGCCUUUUUUAUUACAUUUUCAUUUUGUUUUUUUUUUUACUCCUCGUCGCCGAGUAUAUCCGUGCGUGCAUGUGUGCGACAGUAUACGUGAGUGUGUGUGCGUGUUCGUGCGCGCGCGUCGUCUUGCACACACAUAAUAUGUAUAUAUACAAUUUAUAAUACAUAUGUGUAUAAAUAAUAAUAGUUUAUAUACAUAGAGAGAGAUACGUGUAUGUGUAGUGUGUACGGUGUAUAUGUAUUAUAAUAAUAAUAAUUUACGUAUCGUACGUUUAUACGCUUUAUAUACAACAUUAAUACAUUCGAAACGUAAACGGAAAUAAUUGCCGGCCGAUGGCUGCGUAGGCAGAACAGCGAGUGUCAGCAGCAGCAUACUUCGAUCCUCAGCCAGUGUAAAAAGAAGAACUGAGUCGUCCGUCAAAAUUUCCGUGAGUUAUGUAAAUGUAGAAAUACGAUCUCGCAAAAGGCAGGUUCUUUUUACACCUACGUUUCCGUACUCAUUUGUGGCGUAGGUAUUCAAGUUUUGUUAAUUUUUGUAAUUAAAUCGCCCAAUCUAUCCGAGUUCUCACUCCGAUGGACACAAUUUGAAAAUAGAUGAUUGAUUAUAUUUUAUAUCUGUGUGGCUAUGUACUUGCACAAUUAUCAUGUCGCGAGAUAUUGUGUUUUUAGACUGCAGUCAUCGCUGUGAUGCAUUCAAUACUCUGAGUUCGAUCUAUUAGCAAUGAGCCACAACAUGGGUGGCAUGGCCCCUUACGUCACGUUACCAAGAGGCCGUAAUCAAAUGGCGUAUUAUAACCAAUGUCAAGACAUGCCGCCUCAUAUGCAAAGAGGCCAUUGUUAUCCAGACGAUUUCAAUAAAAUGGGUGGACCCUGCUCUAUGUUGCCUAUGGGCAAUGAGUUUAAAUCACCAAUGAUGACUCCAGAUCCACCUCCACCUCCUCCAGCUAAAAAGAAGCGACGUACUUCUAAUGCUGCUACUGUGACAAAUCAUGCACCUCAACCACCACCACCAUCACCUCAAGAUUUACUUCCACCACCUUUAACUGGUUAUGGAGAUACUAUAGUUGCUUCAAACCCUUUUGAUGACACGCCGCCACCACAAGUAAUGAACACAAAUCAUAUGAACAGACAAAUGAUGAAUUCUCGACCCAUGAUGUCUGGUAGUCCUUGCCACCAAAUGGGUGGUUCACCUAUGAAUUGUGGUCCACCUAUGGGAAGCCCAAUGGGUGGACCGUGUGGUAGUAGUCCACAUAGAAACCCAAUGGUAUGUGGACCCCCUAUGAUGAGUUGUGGUGCUCCAGGCAAUAGUCCACAUGCCUUAUCUAUGAAUCGAAGUCCUUCUGCCAUGGGUAGUCCACAUAUGGUGCCAAAUAUGCGUGGCAACAGCCCUAUGGAAUGUGCUGCCAUGGUAAAACCGUCUUUAAAUUGUGCUUCGCCUAUGGGUAGUCCCAUACCUCAAAAUACCAAUAUGAACAUUCAUCCACCAAUGUCUAGUCCCAUGACAAUGGGUCCUUCACCACUUAACGGUCAUCCUAACUCAGGCCCUGGCGGCAGUCCCAUGAUGAUGGGUCGAGGAGGCCCUUCACCUUUAACAAAUAGUCCAAUGUCAAUGAAUAUGCCAGUAAGUUCAGCAGACAUGAAUGAUAUGAGUCCACAUAUGUCAGUAGACAAUAAUGGAUGUCCAGUACGUGGUCCUCCAUGUCCAGGGUCCAACAACAUGACAUCUGUUUCCAUGGCUUGUAGGCAACCAAUGUCAAAUCAGCAGUGCAAUAGUAUGCCUGGACCUAGUAAUAUGAUGAACUGUCCAAGAGGUAUGCCCUGUCCCCAGAUGAUGCGGGGUCCACCUCAACCUUCUGAACAACAUAGACUUAUGUCCCCUAUGAUGCAUCAUUCACAAAUACCCAAUAGUCAACAACCAGGUGGAUAUGGGCCUGGACCUAAUUCUAAACCAAUGCCAGUGUCAGCUGGAAAGAUAUACCCUCAUGAUCAACCAAUGGUGUUUAAUCCACAAAAUCCAAAUGCCCCACCAAUUUAUCCUUGUGGUAACUGUCAUAAAGAAGUGCAUGAUAAUGAUCAAGCAGUUCUAUGUGAAUCUGGUUGUAAUUUUUGGUUUCAUAGGGUUUGUACAGGUUUGAUGGAACCUGCAUUCCAGCUACUUACAGCCGAAGUAUACGCUGAGUGGGUGUGUGACAAAUGUUUACAAACAAAAAAUAUACCUUUGGUAAAAUACAAACCCUAACGAAUACAUUUAACAUCUCUCAACCCUAAAUGACUUUAGCUUUCAUGCACUGAAUGUUACAAUAUUUACUGUGCUUCAAACCAUCAGUGGAUUAAGUACUUAAUCUCAGUUAUGAGCAUUAACACAAUUUCAAAUAUUUAUUAUUCAUGUAUGGGUUAUAAUUUAUAUGAAAUCAAUCAAAAAUAAUUAUUUUUGAGUUAU